CAAAAAUAAAAAAGUAAGUCUUUCUAUCGUGUCUUGAGGGGCAAGAUGUAAGGACCAAACUAGUUUUGACAUGGUCAUUGGUCAAUAAUCAACAAAAAUGAUGUUAUAAAUAAAUGAAGAGGUCUAUAUAAAUCAACUCUUCUCUUCACUUCUUUUUACAUAUCUAGUCUUUAUUGUUUCUGUUAGGAUACAUUCGGUUAUACCCAAUCUCUUCUUGCCUUUUCCUUAGAAUCUAAAGUUUUAGAGAUCAAGCCUAAACUUCUUUGUAUUAGUUGUUAAUAAUACACAAAAAACCUUUUAGCAUAUAUAUAUUAUUGUUUUCUGACAGUUUCUAGUACUUAUCUCCAACUAAUUAAUGUCUAUCAAAGUCUAUUAUGUUCUGAUGACCGUGUUUCUUCUUUUGUCCACCGUGUUCAAAAUCUGGUGGGAAACUUCUAACAAACCGCGAGUUUACACGACAAUGGAGUGGCUCGAUAGACUUUUGGGAUCAGGAACUGCGCUACUUCGCGUCGGGUUUGAUGAAGAUCAAGAGUACUUUAAAACUAGUUUUCUACUAUAGACUUAUUACGCCAAUUUCAUAUGUAUUAUAGUAUAUGGUUUUCUUUCUUAAUUGCUAUGCGUUUUUAAUAAAGAUAAAACUCUUGUAUGUAAUCAAAACUACAACCGCAUAAACGGGACAUUUGUCGGCAGAUUCAAGUUGGGUUAAUAAGCUAGCGAAGCAAAAGCCCAUCCAAUAUAUGGAAUAGAGUCAAGUCAAUCCAUAGUCUUAGCUUGGCCAUUCCAUAUGUAUUUCUGUAUCCUACGCCGUUCACAUUUUUUUCUGUUUAAAAUAUGCUUUCGUAAAAUAUUCUAACGUAUCUUAGACUCCGACGACUAUCCGUAUAAUUAAA